CCAGACUACAGUACGCAGCGCGGGCAGCCGAAGGAAGGGCAUGGCAAGGCCGAGCCCUCAAGCACAAGCGCCAAAGCGAAUCAUGGCCGAUUGCAAAAAGCUAUGAAUAACAAUGACUGAUGCACAGUUAUUUUCUUCCUAUUCCAAGGAAAACUGUAUAAAAACAGAAGAUACAAAUGAAAAUAUUUCAAUAGGCAUUCCCAACAAACAACGUAGUUGUGCUACUGUAAAUACUCCAGCUGCAUGUGUCAAUAAAGCCAUUAAUCAAAUACAAGAUUUAGAAGUGAAAUUAGAAGAAUCUUUUCUGCAGGGAUUUGGAUGUUAAUACUGUCAAAGAGACUGAAGGGAUCUGUUUACCAUUCUCUACUGAAGUGAAGGCUGAACAGUCAUUGCACUGGAAAGAUAUUCAGUCUUUAAAGCAGAAAACUGCUGCUGUUGUAGCAGACGUCACCGAGUUAAUUUCACGAUUAGAAAAUGAGCGUAAAGAUGCUGAAGAAGCCUUAGAGUUUGAGAAGCAACACAGAAAAAAACUAUACCUAAAUUCAGAUAAACUGUCAUUUUGGAGACUACAACAGCUUCCCAAAGCUGUUCAAAAAGAAUGGGAGAAAUGUUUGCAAGAUAUAAUAGAAUUACAAUGGCAUUUUGAAGAAAAAAAUGAGCAAUUACAGGAUGCACUAACCCAACUGACAAAAAUAGAGGCAGCCAAUUCAGUGAUGCAGAAGCAGAUAAACUUCAUGAAGAAAUACAGCCCUCUGCUGGAAGAAAAGCUAUGUCAUGAAAAUGAUUCAAUAAAAGAAGUAAAAACAUUAUUUGAGGAGGCAAAAGCUCAAUAUGAUACUGUCCAUCAGAAAUAUUUGGAAGUGCAAAAAUUGCAUGAAGAAAUCAAAGAAGAAUGUGAAACAAAAAGACAAUAUAUGUUUGAGCAAAUAGAAGCCGAUGAGACUACAUUAAACCAACUUAGGGAUGAGUUAAAAGAAACCGACAUGUUUUAUGCUGACAUCAAUAACAAAAUACAUGGAUUGAGGGAGGAAAUACUAGAAAAUGAAAAUCGCCUUGAAGAGCUAAUUAAGCAAGAAGCAGAUAUAAAAGCUGACUUAAAUUCUUGGCGCGAUAAAGAAAGGCGUUUGAAAUUGAAAAUUUCAAGACAAGAAAGUGAAAACAAACAAUUGAUGGAUGAGCUUUUUGCAGAGAUGAAGAUUAUGGAAAACACAAAAUCCAAUAAAGAGUCUGAUCUACAAAAACUGAAGGAUAAGCUUGCAAACAAUCUUCAGCAGUUCACUUGUUUGCAAAAUGAAAUCCAAUAUCUUAAAAAUGAAAAUGCCGGAUUUAUGUACAAAUUCAGAGAGAGUGCAAGAAGGAAAAUGGGAUACCAAUCAGAAAUUCAGGUUUUGCAGAAAAAUAUUCGUAGACUGGAAGAACAUUUAAAAAAAGUAAAUAAAGACCUUUAUGGUGCUGAAUUGGCUUAUGAUGACGCCAAAACAAAACUGGAAGAACUGAAUCAAGGCAUUGUUAAAGAAAAAUCACGUUUCAAGAAUUUGGAAGAGAAUAUUAAAAAACAAAUUAGAGAUGAAAUAAGUGCUUGGAAGCUGACUCAGAAAAGAAUUAAAGCACUACAAUUAGAGUUAGAAAGAAAGAAAAAAGAACAUGACAAAUUACAGGAAAAAGUUAAGAAUAAAUUAAAAAAAUAUGAGCUGCUUUCAGCUGAACAAGCAGAAAUACUGGAAAAAAAUAAAGAAAUGUACAAAGAACUUACUGAGAAAGUAGCCGAAUUAAAUCAGAAGAUUCAAGAACUUGAUGACAAGGAGGAAAAUGUGAAAAAUGAAUUAGAAAAUAAGAAGAAAUAUUCUCAGGGCCUAUUAGAUGAAAAAAAGGAGAAAUAUUUAGGCAUUUCAAGCCAAUUUACUAAAGUCAAUGGGGAAAUUGCACAUUUACAAAAAGAAAUUGCAAAAUUAAAUACUUUAAGGAAAGGACAGGAUAACCAGGUAGACAAUGUAGAAAAAUCUGUAGUGAUGUUGAGAGAAAAAUAUACCAAAAUAAAGUCCAAGGAGGAAAAUACUCAGAGAUUAAUUGAUUUUCUCCAUGCCCGGCUGGAUGCUGUUAGAAAAAAAAUAAAGAUAGACAACAGAGUAUUUGAUGAGCUGCUGUGGAAUAGACAAAAUGAUUUGAAAAUUAAGAAGAUUUCCCUGGAUGAUGUACUGGAUGAAAACCUACGCUUAGCACGCGAGUAUCAGAUGCUCCAAAUAUGCUAUCUAAAUGACAAAAAUCAGCUUAUGGACUUCUAUGAACAUAAAGACAGAGCUGAAGCUGCAUUACGGGAUCAAAAACAG